AUAGUUGCAGCUGUGUGUUAUGGAUUUUACAACCAACCGUUGUAGUGAAAAAUUUUUCAGUUUCGCGGUUUAUUCGUUGAGCUUUUCGGAGGAACAUUUCUAAAUCCAUCUAACAAUUAACACUUCUAAUAAGAAUUAGGAAAAAUGCAAACGCUGCCAUGCUAAGCAACUAUGAAGUGUUAAAACUCCUCACAGAUCUCAAGGAGCAGAGGAGAGAUGCCGGGAAGAGCAAACAUAGCACGGGGCAGCAGAACCUCAACACCAUCAUGUACGAGACCCUGAAGUACCUGUCAAAGACACCAUGCAGCAGACAAAGUCCUGAGAUCGUCAAGGAGUUCCUCAUCACCAUGAUGCAUCACAAGCUCACAAAGGCAGAAAAACUACAGCUGCUAAACCACCGACCGCAGGCUGCAGUGGAAAUUCAGCUUAUGGUGGAGGAAAGUGAAGAGCGGCUGUCGGAGGAGCAGAUCGAGGAGCUCAUCCAGAAGGUGGCAGACAUCCUUCCAGGCGACCCAGAGCAGGAAAACGUAGCUGCCGCCGACACAAUGGAUGAAGGCGGUGAACAGUCGUGACACGGUGACGGCCCUGCACCUGACCUGUAUAUUGUGAGAACUGGUGAUGAGGCGAAACAUGUUGCAGAGUUGUUUUCACAUGCACCUUCACCAUGCAUCAAAAACAACACAAAGACAGGAUGCAAAGAGGCUGCAGGACCGCAGCUAAAGGCUGAGUUCUUAUUCAUGUUCAUGUAUUCAGCUGUGAUGCCAAUAUACAAUUUGGACCAAAACAUGCUCACUGGCCUUUCUGUCCUUUUUGGACAGAAAAGUGCUCUCAAGAAAGGGUUGGAGUUUACCUUAGUGAUGUUAAAUGACAUAUAUGUAGAUAUAUGUAGAUUGCAUCCUUAAGCAUACAUUAAAUAAUCUUGCUACAUCUGUAGUUUAUGUUCCAGUCCAUAAACACAAUAUUCAUUUCACUUUGUUAAAAUACUUUCUCUUUAGAGAGAUUUAUAAAUGUAUUAUAUUGCAUGCUUUCCUUUACCUCUCUAGCAUCAGUCUUGGGAUAGUUUAUGUUUUAGUGCUGUUCUCUUGCAGCAGAGGAAGGAUGUGCUGGUUACAAAGUGUGAACGUUUCUGUUUUUUGCUUUCCUGUUAGCAUGUCACAUCAGUUUCCUGUUCUUUCUAACCUCCUUAAAGAGCCGGGAUUCAAAUGCACAGUGGUGAGUGGACCCAUGCCCAAGAGGGCAUUGAGUCUGCAACCUAAAAUAGAUAAUGUCCUUUUGUAGAGAAACUUUAAGCUUUAAAUGUCAGACAGAAGAUAUUUUUUUGCCAUUGUACCCUAAUAAAAAAUCUGCAAACAUC